UUGAAUUCGGCUCUGCUCUUUGCAGCCCGUCGCCAGCAGGGGGCGCUCUUCUCCGUGCUUUGCGGGAGAAGUGUGACGACGUUCCGGAAUCAGGAAGGACAAAGUCAAAUUGGAGAUUUCUGCAAAAACUCCACUGACACAGCAACCAACUGUAAACCAGAAGCGGGAUUUUUUUGCGGCUGUUGUAACGUUGUCCGCAGUGCCCGUGGCAGCCGUGCAUGUGGUUAUUCUGCAGGUGAAAUGUGGUUUACCAGCAGGGAGGGAUCCCGGAUCCCCGUUUCCACCGCAGUGGUGACCGUGCUCCUGCUGGAUGUGGUCCUCGUUGCGCAGGCUAAGGAGCUGGAUAAGCUCGGGGCCAUUUUGACCCAGUUUUCCUCACUGCUGCAGAACUUUGAAGAUGUCCGCUGCAAGUGCAUCUGCCCACCGUACAGAAACAUCACGGGCCACAUCUACAACAAAAAUGUGACACAGAAAGAUUGUAACUGCCUCCAUGUAGUGGAGCCCAUGCCAGUUCCUGGCCAUGAUGUGGAAGCUUACUGUCUGCUUUGUGAGUGCAAGUACGAGGAGCGAAGCAGCAACACCAUCAAGGUAACCAUCAUCAUUUACCUGUCCGUUGUGGGGGCGCUGCUGCUCUACAUGCUGUUCCUGCUCCUGGUUGAUCCCCUCAUCCGCAAACACGACCCCUACACUCAGCCCUUGCACAACGAGGAAGACUCCGAGGUAAAUCUGCGAACGGGCGGCGCACGGCCACUGAACGCUCUCAUUGGGGAGAACGAAAUGCGUCCACAAGCAGACAGUGGGCAGGCCAGAGGAAACACGGUGCUGGAGCGGGUGGAGGGGGCCCAGCAGCGCUGGAAGAAACAGGUCCAGGAGCAGCGCAAGACUGUGUUUGACCGCCACAAGAUGCUGAGUUAGACCUCACCGGGCUCAGCUUUAAACUGUCACCAGCGACGUGCACCUGUGUUAGUAUUUUUAUCCCUGAAAAACCUUUGAAGCACUUACCCUAGAGCGCUUGGCAUCAGAAUGUCUAGUUAAUUUAUUUCCUGUAACAUAAGCUAAGUCGCAGCCGUGGAAGAAAAAACUGCAUGUUUUGUGCACAUGUUAGGAAAUGUACUCCUAAUCAUGCUCAGCAACUGCAAUGCAGCUCUUUUGGAAUAUCUGUAUAAAGAAAAGAAAACAUAUGCUAGCCAUUUGUCAAUGGCUAUUAAUAGCUUUUCACAAUUUUUUCCAAACCUUGUAAAUAUCAAGCAAUUUCCGCAGCGGCAGGGCUUCUGAACUUCGUUCUGAACUCUCAAUGGUUAUAUUGAGCUGAUUUCCUUAUUACCUUGCCAAGCAUUCCGCAUUUUCAUUUUACAGCUGGUGAAUCAGACUUGAACAUACUUAAAUGGUUUUGAUGGUUGAGUCCGAGCUGUUGUCACUCUCAGCCUCAACCUGUGCAUUUUUCCGACCACUUCUGUGUGUGUGGAAAAUGUGUUUGACCAAACUCAACAUAUGUCCCUAAAAUCCUGGCAUGUCACAGGUUUUAAAACCUAACAGAUGGUAUGUUGUACAGAUAAUUUGCUUAUGACUGUCCAAUGAAGUCGUUGAUCUUGCAAUAGUGGUUUUAUCAGGACAAAGGGGCUUUGCUCAUGUAUAUAUAUGAGUCAUUUGUGCACUUUGUUCUUCAGCACAGCUUGAUGUAAAAGACUGAAAUGAAAGUGGCAAAAUGGCAGAGCUUCAGCUUGUGUUUAACUGUUUGGAAAUAUUUAUAUUCUUGAUGAUUUAAGACUAUCAUUGCAACAUAAAGUGAACAAAUAUUUUUGGGACGGUUCCAUGCUGCUCGGAAACAUGAAUGAAUGCCAAGGCACAUUAGAGAUGCCCUGGUGUCAAAUAGAAGUUAGACACCUCAAAAAAGAAUGUCAAUAUAGAUUUUCAUUUAAUUUUUUGCCCUCUUUGUAUUUGUCUUCCAAUGUUUUGAUGUGAAAUAAUAAAAAAGAUAAAAUCCUUCAAAUUUUUGCAGGUGUUAUGCAACUAUAUGCUAGCAUUUCUCUGUGAGGGGCAUGUUAUUUUCUUUUUUUCCAAUUUAGUGUCCCCAUAACAUUUUGACUGACUAAACUACGAGGAAUAUUAAA